AUGGGUGAUUUAAAUUUUGUACUGCAUGAUCAUGAAAAAUUUAGUCAACACCCUAUUGAUUCCUCUGAAGCUAACAUCUUUCUGGAGAAAAUUGAAGAAGCCAACCUUACUGAUUUGGGUUACACAAAAUGUCCCUUCACUUGGACCAACAGAAGAACAUGCAUUCAUCUCACAGAACAAAGAUUAGAUAGAGGAUUGGCCAAUGAAACUUGGCUUGAAAUACACCCAAAUAACACCAUCUCCAAUCUCCCUGCCAUUGGUUCUGAUCAUAACCCAAUUCUCCUCAAUACCAAUCCCAAUUGGAAGCAAGGCCACAUUCCCUUCAAAUUCUUUGGUCCUUGGCUUGAUCACAAGGACUGCAAAUCCAUCAUUGCUGAAUGUUGGAAAACUCAUCACAAAGGACCUCUUUCCAUUAAAAUUGCCAGAAAGUUAAGAGAUAUUAAAGUCAAAUUAAAGAAAUGGAACAAGGAGAUUUAUGGUAAUAUCAAGACCAAUCUAGAAGACAGCAUACAACACUUGGACCGGAUCACCAAGAAUCAAUUCAAUAUCAAUAGAGGUAAGGAUACAAGGAUGUUAAAAAGCAAGUUGAACAUUGGCAGAACAUUCAGGAAUGCUUCUGGAAGACCAAAAGCAGAGAUCAAACUUAUCAAACUAGGAGACAAAAACACAAGUUUUUUCCAUUUAUCUGCCAAGAAAAGAUACUGA